GGUAUUGUUGACUGUUGUUUUGUUAGGCCGCAGAGAUGGCGCCUCCGAUUUGUAAAUUGCGUAUGGCAAACUGACGUUUUUGGUUAUUUUUAUUCUCACCUCGUGUUUACUUUAGUAUCUAAUUUCGGUGCAAUUGCGAAAAUUGUGUUGUGUAAUAUUCGAAAAUCUAAUAUUUCGAACGAAGACAAUCGGCGUACGUCGCGUAAUAUCGAUCCACGCUCCCGGCCUAGAUAUAUGUAUACAGUUCUAUCACGUGGUGGUGUGAUUUAUAUAAUUCUUGUUUACCGCACAAGUGGAAACUUUGCGCAUGUGCGUCUCCUCAGUAACCUCAAAUCGUAGAGCGGACACGGAUUCGGCAGGUUCCGGAUAUCCGGGUCGCGGCACCGAAGUCUCGGGUCUGUGAUGCGCUAUCGCGGCGAGGCAUCGCGGCCCGCGUGUGGACGUCGCUGAUACGGGAACAAGCGCAUGCCAUGGCUCAAACGACGAUCUCCCACAGCGACGAGAGCGAUGCCUGGGCGCUGCUGUCGCUCAAGUCGGCCCCCUCGUCGCCGUCGAAGGUGCAAUGGGCGCAGGAGCCGGCCUCGACGGCUAUCGCGCGGCUGGAGGGCCGCGACUUUGAGUACUUGAUCCGGCAGAAGCGGGUGAUAAUCGGGCGCAAUUCGAGCCGGGGGCAGGUGGACGUGAACAUGGGCCACUCCAGCUUCAUCUCGCGGCGGCACCUCGAGCUGUACUUCGACCACCCGGAGUUCUACCUCACGUGUAACAGCAAGAACGGCGUGCUCGUCGACGGCAUCUUCCAGCGGAAGGGAGCGGCGCCGAUGCUUCUACCCAAAAGAUGCACGCUCCGGUUUCCGUCGACGAGCAUCCGGCUGGAGUUCCAGUCGCUGGUGGAGGAGGGGGCCGGUGGCAGCGCGGGCCCGCCGCUCCCGCCGCUCCGCAUCACCAUACCUGUCGACACCGACGGCCGCAGCCCCAUGCCCUCGCCCACUGGCACGAUCAGCGCGACGAACAGCUGCCCGACGUCGCCGCGCGGCGCCGGCGCGUCCGCCCGCCGCCACGCCGACCUGGGGCUGGUGGCGCAGUACGCCGCGCUCUCCGAGCCCAGACCCACUAACGGCAGCUCGGCGUCAUCGAACGACUACGGUCGCGAGAGGGAGCGAGACCGCUCGCGGGAGCGGGACGGGCGCGACGACGCCAAGCCGCCGUACAGCUACGCGCAGCUCAUAGUGCAGGCGGUGGCCAGCGCGCCCGACAAGCAGCUCACGCUCAGCGGCAUCUACAGCUACAUCACCAAGCACUACCCCUACUACCGCACCGCCGACAAGGGCUGGCAGAACUCUAUACGCCACAACCUCAGUCUUAACAGAUACUUCAUCAAGGUGCCGCGCAGCCAGGAGGAGCCGGGCAAGGGCAGCUUCUGGCGCAUCGACCCGCAGAGCGAGGGCAAGCUCAUCGAGCUCGCCUUCCGCCCGCGCCGCCCGCGCGGUGUGCAGUUCCGCGCACCAUUCGGACUGUCCUCCAGGAGCGCGCCGACGUCGCCGUCGCAGGUGGGCGUGUCGGGCUUGGUGACGCCGGAGGAGCUGUCGCGCGAGCCCACGCCGGACCUCUUCACCGGAGAGGAACAUGACCACCAGCAGCAGAGCGGGCAGCAGCGGCUGAGCAGCAACACGAGCAGCCAGUCCACGCAGUACCUGUUCCCCCGCAGCACCGGUGUCAGCCAGAGCGCGCCCGGCUCGCCAGGUCACGGGCUGUCGUACAGCGCGGGAGGCAGCGGUCUGGUGAUGGCCGGCCACCAGAUCACCGUCGUCACAAACGGCGCGGGCGGUGAGCGAGAGGAGAAAUAUGUGGUGGGCACGACGGGCGGCAACCUGGUGUCCAUACAAGAGGAGGAGGUGCAGGCCGCCAACCUGUUGCUGCACCAGCACUCGCCCUACUACGCCGGUUACAGCGGCGAGGAGGGCUGCGGCGGUAUGGGUGUGGGCGGCGAGCUCGUGAUAGAGGAGGCGCCGGACGACGACGCGCCGCACCACGCGCCGCACCCCGCCCACCCGCCGCACAAGCGCGCCAAGCACCACGUGUCCGACAUGGAGGAGCGGCGCGCAUAUUGACGAGCUGCCGACGGCGGCGCGGCGUGAGAGAUGCGCGCCCCCCGCGCCCCGCCCCCUGCCCGAGCGCGCUUUACGCUCACUGACGCGCGACGUCGACCCGCAGCACCUGAUGCCCGACGUCAACUUCCUGCUGGCGGUCGACGUCAACUCGACAGUGGCGCGCUUCGCCCCGCAGCGGACGACGCCCGACGUCCUGCUGCGGCGGCAGCCGGCGACGCUCGAAGUCAAGUUGGAGGCGCGCAACGUCGACUAGAUGACAGUGAACUGAGACAACUCGCACCUGACGACCGGCGUAGACCAGUUGACAGUCUCACACGACAAUCGAGUGACGCCCGUCAACCAGCAAUAACUGACAGUGACGACAGUGAAACCUGACGUUUCUGGUGUAGUGAUUAGUGGUACAGUUUUAAGUUUCUCCCGCGACGCGAACUCGUGUUAAGUUGGUGUUCUGUUCUCGAGUGCAAUCAGUUGGACCGGUGAGGAUAUGUUACUUUUGUAAUACAAUUCGAGGUAGUCAAUACCUGUCGAGUGAGGGGUGCUCGGGUGAGGCGAAUUUACACUGAGACACUGGGUGGGAGGUCUGUUCUUAGUAUGUGUGAAGAUUGUAUCUUUGUAUGCAGCAUAUAGUAGAUAUUUCUAAUUGUUAACUAUAGUAGCAGCAUGUUAAGAAAUCUCAUAAGCGAAUGAUUUAUGUUGACUUAAAGCGCCUUAUUGACGGCUCAUCUUGCAUUGUUGAGACUUGAGGUAUGUUACAGCCCAGAUGUUUUGCAUUGUGCAUCGUCUGGCAACAAUUUGCUAUGCACGGCAAGAUGGAUGCUAUAUUUUGUGUCAGGGUAAAUUCACCUCUAAUAUAAUAGAAAGCUUGAAUAAAUAUAUAUCUUUAAUUGUAUACACAUAGUAUUUUCAAUUGUAAUCAUAUUAUAACAAUAAAAUGUAACAACUCUGU